AUGGGGCAGAGCAGCAUUGGGCAGAGCAGCAUUGGGCAGAGCAGCAUCGUCUCAUGCCAAUUCUCCACGCCCGUCCACCUCCCAUGGCCCGCAUGUCCCCGUCGCAGCGAUCUCUCUGAGAAUCAGCUGUCUGGCGCCAUUCCACCUGGCAUAGGCGCCCUCACGGCUCUCCGAGAGCUGGGUCUCUCCGACAACCAGCUGUCUGGUGAUAUUCCCCUCGCCAUAGGCGCCCUCACAUCCCUUUCGUACCUGUGA